AUGCGUUCAAGUUUCAGUUCUUUUUCUCCUAAUAUAUUAACACCCGGUGUAUAUAGUCCCUCUCAUAUAAAUCGUAACAACGCUGGCAGCAGCACCUCAUCAGCCCGGCUUGACUCACCAUCUUCGCCAUCAGGUACCGCUUAUAAAGACUCAUCCUUUUCUCGGGAUUAUUCCAGUAGAGAUUCAGCCGCUGGACGUGACUCACUUACUAGCUCCUCUAGAUUCUCAUUUCGUAGGUUGUCCGAUGAUCGCAAAGCCGCCGAUAAUGUAGGUAACUCUAGGGUAACGCUAGAUGGCGAGACCAAUUCUCUUCUAGAACGCUAUGGGGUAAGAAAAACAUCCGUUACCGAAACCCCCGCACAGAGCUACCUGAAACAGCGUCGACAGCAGCAGCCGGACUCAGAUGGUGGAUCAAGUGCGGUACGCCGAAAAUCCGACUAUGUUGGUACUGAGACAACGGUGGUCGGUGGCGGAGAUCUGUUCGGCACCAGCGUCGGCAGCAGCACUUCCAGAAUUUUCGAUCGGAAAGACGGCUCUAGGCAGAUCACUUCCGACAUGCAGGACAUCACCCAGAAUGAGUACUUGAGUCGACUGCUUGCAGCUCAUAAUCGCGUUGACGAUCUACUUCGAUCUAGAGGGCUAAGUGCAGAGGAUGAAUCCAAAUAUCUGAGAGCUUGGGAGGAGAUUCCAAUUAUAAGAAAAGAGCGUUAUCAAAGAGUCCGAACACCAAGCAAUUCGAGUGAUUCGGGUCUUUCGACGGAUAAUGACAGUGAUAGAAGUAACUCUGAUGCAGCUAAGACGGAAGAAAUAGUCUGUGACCAACACUUCUCACUACCCGAAGCUUCUCAUUCUUGUUCGAAGACCGUAGUGUCGUUACAAUCGAGUUUGCAUACGACUUUGUCCUGCCGAGAAUCUCGUCCUAAAUCUUCGAAAUCUUUGACAGCUGCGUUCUCGUUCGGCAGAAAACCAUCGUUCAAGCCGAUUUCCAAAGCAUUUCCUGUCGGACCAAUAUGGAAUGACCCCGUUGACCUAAUAUGUACCUCUCCUGCAUAUGUUACUCUAUCUACCUCCCGCGUCUUGAAGUGCAAGGAGAAGUCUUUGGCAGCGACGUUGUGUGUUCCGAUAAAAAACCAAAAAGCCAAAGUUUCGGCUAAAUUUCGAGCAGCUCCUGCUAAGCCUCAACCUGACGCACAGAAGCAAAAGAACAACUCAGGAAAGCAGCAACUCACUCAGACAGAAGAACGCAGAAAGGUCACGGAGGCCAAACCUGCUACUAUAGUCGAACAGCAGAGGACAGUUUUGGCCAGUUUGAAACGAAAGCCGAGCUCUGCCAUCCCCUGCACGGCCGAGAUCUCCAUACAACAUUGCAGUUUCUAUCAGGUUUCCCAGAGAGCAAUCGAGAGGCCGGAAAAGAACGUCCGAAUGAAUUUACGCCUGACCGAACGCGCACCGAAUAAAUGCUCAACAACCAUUGCCCUUCCUGCGACUUCUCGUUCAAUGUUCGCAUACCUGCAGGUGCCGCAGAAGCCACCAAGCAUGAACCGGACGAAGACUGUUCAGGUGAUGAAACAAGGGCGAACAGUUGGUAAGCUCAAUCGCUCACUAACAUUAGACCCACAGACGGAAGCCAAGCAACAACGAAAGGUGAAUCGCCUAGUUAUCCCUGACUUUUUCCUAGACGCUGAGGCUGCCGAAGAUCUCAAGAACGCCAGAAGCCGCCUCAAGAGGGUCGAUAGUCAGACUGAUGGUGGACUCGAGGUGGAAUCAGAAAAGGUGUCCCCACUGAAGCGAUCUAAUGCAAUCCGUCGAAAGCCGCCUCCAGCCAAACCGGGUCUCCCCAUAUCAGCAAGUGAGAACUGCGCACCAUACAAGGAUUUUUUGAUAUCGGCUUUACCGAGCUCUGAUUCCGGCAAGAAGCAGUCGGUGCUUCCGAUCGACAUGCCGCCACCGUAUUUUCGUCGAUGUAAUGUAGUUCAAGUAGCUGAGCCUUUAAACCCAGAUGGCUCCCUAGCUCGUUCCGCGACGACUAGUGGAGCCAUAGCAACUUGUACAGAAUCCAUAAUCGCGGAGUUGUCGCCAAUAGAUCGUCUGCUAGUGGAGCAGUUCAGACGGUCAAAACAUAUCCCCCGACCCAAGGCACUUGCACAACGUGCCACAUUCACAUUCCAAGCUUAUCAGGCCAGAGGUCGUCUUCAAACUCCGACACCAACGGUGGAAUUCAUCCAAUACAGUACACCAACUCGUCAUCCGCCUCAGCCAUAUCGGCACUCAUCACCUCCGUCCCUCAGGAAAGUCUACCGUAAUGUGAAACAGUUCUCAAAACGGGUGCAUCUACUAGAAUGUCCACCACUCAAAAAAGUGGAUCAUGCAGUACGAAAAAAACUCAAAAUCAGACGACCAAAGCGAUGGAUACCUCGUUGGAGAAAAAAGUGCAGCAGAAUAAGAGCUGUUCAAGAUGACGACAAUAAUAUGACGGAAGCCGAGAAGGCGAUGGCGGCCUCGAAGAGACGUCAGGUUGAGGAGCAACAAAACAAACUGCAAGAGUACGAUGAGAGAAGACGUGUAGAACGAGAAAAGGAGGAAGAAGAACUCAAAAAGCUGAAGGAAAAACAAGAGAGACGUAGGCUGGAACGGGAGCAAGAGGAACGUGAACAGGCCGAACGUCAAAAGCUGGAAGAGGAUCGUCGCCGCAAAGAAGAGGUAUCAGUGUGUACGCACGUAAUUUAUUUCUUGCACAAACAGUUUAAGUAA